AGUACAGUACUGUUCUUCCUGCGAAAGAUACGGUAACCCGAUUUGCAGAGCAGGUAUAGCUGGUUCAGUAGCCGCGUUUCAGUGAAGCCACCACGAUCUCCACGAUCGACGGAAUCUAGUAAGCCCAGGUCAGUGCGAGGCGUGCAGCCAUGGCCCGCGACGACGAUGCGACGGCUGGCGACGAGGGCGACGGCGGGGGCGACAGCUGCGAGUUGUCGUUCCUCGAGGAGGCGAGCGAGCUGCAGCGCCUCGUCGCCCUGCUCGUGCCGUGCGCGCAGACGGAUCGGUUAGGACCGGUGCAAGGCGGUGUGUCGAAUCUUGGGAUUGCCGAGGUGGAGGGGGAGGAGGAUCGAGGGCGGGCGGCUGACGACGGGGAGAUGCGCGACGAUCCGCGCGCCGCAGUCCUCCUCCGAUUCGAAUCCAUCUGCGCCAAGUACCGCGAGCAGCCGGAGCUGCUGGAUCCGCACCUCGCCGCGCUGCUCGCGCCCGCCAUGGCGUGCCUCACCGCCCACGCGCUUGCCGCCGCCGCCGCGCUGCCAUCCGCGCUCAACGGAGGUUCCGCGGGGGAGGAGCGGGUUGAGCGGGUGAUGGGGGAGGCGGAGGCGCAGCGGAUGGUGGGCGAGGUGACGGGGGCGGCGUGCGUGGUGCAGGUGCUGGCGUACGUGCGCGGGCCCAAGGUCGUCUGCCGCUUCCUCCCCAACGCGCCCUCCCACCUCGAGCCCGCCCUCGCGCUGCUGCUGCUCGUGCGCCGCCUCUCGCCCCCGCCGCUGCAGGGGCGGAGCGAGGGGGUGGUGGCGCUGGAGGCGUUGGAGCAGUGGCGCGUGCACUACGCGCUGCUCUCGUGGCUCUCGCACCUGCUGCUGCUGCCCUUCUCCCUCGCCUCCCUCGACUCCUCUCUCUUCGCCCCCCCCCGCCCCCACUCCCUGCAACCAGCGGCAGCAGCGGCAGCGCCAGCAGCGUCGUCGGGGUCUGUCCGCCUCCUCCAUGAUCUCUUGCCCCUCCCCACCGCCGCAUGGGAAGGAAGCUUCUCAGAAGGGUGCUCGCUGUCAGACGUGCUGCUGCGCGUGUGCCUCUCCUCCCUGCCCAACCGCCGCCUGCCCGCGCCCCUCAUGCUCGCGCGCCUGCUCUCACGCCCCGAGAUGAAGCCGGCGCUCUCCUGGUUCAUGGACGAGAGUCGCCGCCUCGUGGCGUCGCUCUCCGCCACCCCGCCCUUGCCGGCCGCACUGCCAGAUGGUCCGCCAGCCGUGGCUGAGGGGCCAGCGCUGCUGGUGGCGGGGCCGGCAUCGUUCCCCGAUGAGCUGCUGGCCAACGUGGUGCUCACCCUCGCUGCUGUCUUCAAGCCCCGCGUGCCGAGCUCACCCACCAUGCACACCCUGUCUGGACCACCGUCCUCCUCCCCCUCCUCCACUCCACGCCACCCACCAACGCUUGCCCCUCCACCACCUCCUCUCCCCCCCCUCCGCCGCCCCCCCGACCUCGCUGCACGUGUCCCUCGCCCUCGUCAAGCUGCUGCACCGCCUCGCCCUCGCGCUGCUGCCACCACGCAUGCCUUCCGCAACAUUCACCGGGUGGACGCCCCCUCUCUCGCCCCCUCCCCCACGCCAUCGCCAGCACCACAAGGUGCCGCGAGUGCAGGCGCGGAACAGGGGGUGGAGGGAGAUGUGAGAGGGGCGGAACACGAGGAGAGAAAGCAGGGGCAGAGCGAGGCGGAGGAGGGGGGGGAGGAGGAGGAGGGGGAGGAGGAGGAGGGGGAGGUAGCAGAGCUGGUGGAGGAGGCGGUGGGGGAGCUGCUGCCCAUGCUGAAGCACAAGUCAACGGAUGUGCGCUGGGCAGCAGCACGCGGCCUGUCUCGGGUGGUGGGUGGUUUGCCAGCUGGCAUGGCGGAUGAAGUGGUGGCGGCAGUGAUCACCAUGGUGGACCCCGAGGAGCUGCCGUCCGACAGUGCGUGGCAGGGUGUGUGCCUGGCCCUCGCUGAGCUGGCUGCCAGGGGCCUGCUGCUGCCCUCGCGCCUGCACUCCGUCACGCCGCUCCUCGUCACUGCGCUGCACUACGAGGUGUUGCGGGGGGCGCACGGCAUAGGAGCGCAUGUGCGGGAUGCAGCGGCCUACGUGUGCUGGGCCAUUGCGCACUCCUUCUCGCCCGCCGUUGCCGCUGCCUCCCUGCAGCAGCUCUGCCCGCACCUCCUCGCCGUCGCCUGCUGCGACCGCCAGGUGAAGUGCCGGUGGGCGGCAGCAGCGGCCUUCCAGGAGGUGGUGGGUCGCUUCGGCUGCAUCUCCGACGCCCACGCGCUCGCCACGCCCACCUCCAGAGGCACGCCGCACGCUGCUGCCGCGGCUGCUGCCGCAGCUGCUGUUGAUGCUGGUGAUAAGAGCAACAGGCCAAGUACAGGCGCUCAAGGAGUUGGGGCAGGAGCGGAUGGGAGUGGUUCACACAGGGACGAGCAGUGGGUGCCAGCGGGGGGGAUAGCCAUUGUGAAUGCUGCUGACGUGGCAUCGCUGGCGUCCACUCGCAUGGCGUUCACCCAGGUGGCACUAUUCGUGGCGGGGUACCCCGAGUACAGGGAGCAGGUGCUGCUGAAGCUUGCAGCCUGCACGCGCCACUGGGACCGGAACAUCCGCUGCCUCGCAGCCGACUCCCUUGCCUCCAUGGCCCCCCUCGACCCGCCCCGCCUGCUCGCGCUCUUACAGCACAACCUGCUGCCCCUCCUUUCCUCCCCCGACCCCCCCUCCCGCCACGGCGCCCUCCUCGCCACCGCCGCUCUCCUACUGCCCCUCUCUGCAUGCCCCCCCUCCCCCCUGCUCACCGACGCCCUCUCCUCCCUCGCCUCCUCCCUCCCUCGCCUGCUCGCCCCACGCUCCUUCCGCGGGCGCCUGGCCGCUGACCUCAAGGUGGCGUCCUGCUGCCUGCUUUCUGCGCUCGCCACCGCUCUGCCGCGCGCCCAUGUGGUGCUGCCCGCCUCUGCUCUCAGCGCCGCCACUUCAUGUGUGCAGGACAUGCUGGGGGGCGAUGGGGGCACGCUGGAGUGUGCGCGGGCGCGCUUCGUGUCGUCGGUGCAGGAGGCGGCAGCAGCAGCCCUGUGGGAUCUCACCCGCUACCAGCCCGCCCCUGCCCGCACUCACCUCGCCCAGCAAAUAGUAGCUCGCCACGUGGCGAUUCUGGAGGCUGCCAGCUCAGCAGCCAGUGUGAGGCGAGGCGCUGUGCUGGCGCUGCAGUGCUUCCUGCCGUGCCUCCGCCCCUCGUGGACCUUCGCGUCUGUGCCUCACUCCCAGGGAACUGGCACGGACGCACAGGGGCAGGGAGCGGGACAGGAGAAUAGAGGGCAUGAGGAAGGGGGGAGGAAAGGGGAGGAGGAGGUGGAGGGGAGAGGGGAUGCGGGAGGGGAGGAUGAGAGUGAGAGGUUGAGGCGAGAGCUGGCGGCACGAGUGGUGAAGGCGCUGUGUGCGGCUGCCACAGACAAUCGGGACCGUCGCGGCGUGACGGACGUGGCGGUGAGGGCGGCGGCAGUGGAGGCGCUGGGCAGCGCUGCCACGCUGGUCGCCAUCCUGCAGGCUGGGGGCGGGGGGAGGGGCGGGGGAGACGGGGCGGAGGAGGGGAAGCAGCAGGAGAAUGGGGAGAAGGGGGCUCUGGAGAGCAGCGAGAGUGACUCAGAAGUACAUGGGGGGUGGGAGGGAAAGGUGGGCGGUGAGAAUGUGGUAACCGCACUGUUACAAGCAGCCGAGGAUUACACGGAGGACCAGAGGGGCGAUGUGGGCAGGCUGGUGAGGGAAGCUUCCAUGAAGGCGCUGGUGGCGUGGGUGGAGCAGGUGUACAGAUGGUGUGGGGCGGGAGAAAGCGACAAGGGGGCGGAGCGGGGCAUGCAGGGGGGAAGGCACGCACAUGGCACAACUCCUGCUGCCACACCACUCAACGCCUCCUCUCCCCAGCCGCGGCAGGUUAGCCUGCAAGAGUGGUGCAGAGCGGUGGCGGGGAGGGUGGUGGGCGCGCUGCUGAAGCAGGCGGGGGAGAAGAUCGACGGCACGCGGCAGGUGGCGGGGCACGGGCUGCAGCGCCUGCUGUGGGGGGACGGGGGGACGCAGAGUGCAGCGGCAGCACAGACAAGCGAGACAGCAGCGACAGCAGUGGCACGGCACACUGGCGGUGGGACCCAGGAGACAGCGCUGGAGGACAGCGAGGGGAGAGGAGGAGGAGGUGGUGUCAGGCGGAACGCAGGGGCCAACGAGGCAGGGAGUGGUGUGUGCAGGGACGUGGACGGAUGGCAGCAGCUGAGGCGGCAUGUGCCCUCCGACCCGCACUUCAACUGGAUGGAUCCCACGUCUGUCUUCCCCCGCAUCGCCCCUCUCCUCCUCCUCCCCGCGUACCGCCUGCCGCUGCUCUCCGGGCUGCUGCUCUCAGCUGGCUCUCUCUCGCACCCCCUCGCCCCCGCCGCCCUGCACGCCCUACUCGCACUCACAGGGGCGGGUGGGGGGGAGGGGGAGGCAGGAGAAAGGGGAGGUGAGAGGCAGAGGGAGGAGGUGCAGGGGUGCAUAGCAGCGGAUGUGGUGGUGCUGCUCAGGCGAUACCGGAAGCAAAAACGAGUCAUCGUUCCGUAUAUCAAGGCAAUUGCUGCUCUGCUGCAGGCCAGUUUCUUCGGACCACUUUCAGCUCACAGCGGGGCAUCACAGAAGUCUGCACCUCCCUCGCGCCCCCUGGCCCUGCUGCCCGUGGCCCUGGUGGAGGGCGUGGAUGCGGAGCUGCGCCACCCGCACCCCACGGCGUCGGUGCCCAAGAUGCUGGCUGCCGUCGACCUCCUCUGCCUCCUCGCUGCGCCCGGCUGUGCUGCACGUCGCAAGGCCGUAUCCACCCUCUUCUGGCUGCUCGCCGUGCCUUUCCCCACUGUGCGAAGGCAUUGUGCGGAGCAACUCUACCUGGUGGUGCUAUUGGGAGCAGAGGACGCGAGUGGGGUGCAGGAUGAUGAUAGAGAGGUGGCACUGGAACAAGCCUCUGAAAUUCUUAGUUGCUCUGAUUGGGCUGCAAUGGACGAUGCUUCUAUAGCUGGUGGAACAAACACCUUGCGGCCUUUGUUAGAAAUUGCUUUUUCUUGAAUAUAGAGGGGGCAGCGCACCUGUUUAGAGCCUCAACCGUGCUGCACCACAAUCCUAUCUUUUAUGCAGAAUGCGAGUGCACAUAAUUUGAGCAUUUCCCG